CAUUUCCUUUUCAGCCAAAAUUUUCGAAACCCACUGAACCAAAAUGCGCACCCGCCCGCCCUUCCUUUGCUGCUGAUCUCGCCAUAAAUUUUGUUUCCCAAUCACUGCUCAACUUCUUCGCUCCAGAUUAAUCUUCCUUACCUAGACGGCUACGCCCAUUUAUUUAUCUGCAAAAUUCGUUGCUGCUGAGGUAAAAUCAUCUCAGAAAGCAAUCAAGUGAGGUGCCUGCCGUUCGGCGUGCCUUGCGAGGACAUAUUCUGCUAGGGUUUCGUGUAGAUUCUGAGGAGGACAACGAACAAUGGGAGGCGCUAACAAGCAGGAGGAAAAGGGGCAACUUGGUGGUGAAGUAGCAGCGGGGAAAGCUGAAGAAAAGGGGAAGGGAACUGAUGUGAAAGAGGAAGGGAAUGCCGCUGGGGAGGAGGAGGGUGUGAAAGCGGCGGAGAAAGCGGAGGAUGGCGUUUUCGAGCAAGAAGAAAACGAAGAGGAAAGGACUGAGGUUGUCAAGGAAUCGGAAACAGAGAGGGGGAGUGAUGCUGGUGAUUUAGCAUCACCGAGAACCGAUAGGCCGACAAGAGAGAGGAAAAUGGUGGAAAGGUUUACCAUUAAUUCAACUCCAAGGAGCUCUGGUUCUAAGAGCUUGGCAAUUCUGCAGGGUCAAGGUACACAACUGAAGGACAUUCCAAAUGUGACCUUCAAGCUGUCGAAGAGAAAAGCGGAUGAGAACCUGCAACUUUUUCAUACCAUUCUUUUUGGAAAAAAAGCAAAGGUGCAUAAUCUGAAGAAAAAUAUUGGCCACUUUUCUGGUUUUGUUUGGUUGGACAAUGAGGGAAAAGAGAGGGCCAAAGUGAAAGGGAAGCUUGAUAAAUGUGUUAAAGAAAAGCUUUUAUAUUUCUGUGAUGUCCUUGAUAUUCCAGUGAAUAGAGCUACCGUGAAGAAGGAAGAACUUUCUUCAAAGUUAAUGGAAUUCUUGGAAUCUCCACAUGCUAUGACCGAAAACUUGCUUGUUGACAAGGAGAAGGGUAAAGGAAAGAAGAAUACUGAAUCUGCAAGCACAGGCCCUGGAUCUUCUCCUGCUGUUGAAGAAAAAUCUACAAAGAAGCAAAAAAUUGAUUCGGACUCUGGAAAGAAGCGGAAACAUGACACUGGGGAAGAAGAUGACACCAAAAGUGAGCAAUUGGAAACUGAAGAUAAUCUGGAUGGCGACAACAAAGUUUCUGGGGAUGAAAGUGACCAGAAAAAUAAUGAUAAUAUAGACCAAGAGACAAAUGGAGGUCAAGACAAACCAAAGAAACAGAAAGUUGUUACGAAGAGUUCUUCAAAGAAAAGUGCCAAAAAGGAUGAUAAUAGUGAGAAGUCUAAGACCGCUAGUAAUAGUGCUGCAAAAGCUUCAAACACUCCUGGUAAAUCUACUAAAGGCUCUGCCAGUUCAGCCUCGAAGGAAGAUACUACUGAAUCCAAAUCUAAAUCUGAGAGUAAGAUGAAGCAAUACACUACUAAUAAAGCAGAAAGCGGGAAGGAGGUCGAAAAGAAUAGGCCUGCAAAGAAUACAGCUUCAGGCAAAGCUUCGAAAAAGGAUAAAGGGGAAGGCAAAAGUAAAAAUGUCAAAAAGCCGGCCAAGGAGCCCAGCUACGAGGAAUUGCAGGCAGUAGUAGUGGCCAUUUUGAAGGAAGUCGAUUUCAAUACUGCAACUUUAUCAGAUAUUCUGAGGCAGCUUGGUAAACACUUCGGGAUGGAUCUUAUGCAUAGGAAGUCUGAUGUGAAGAAUAUAAUCACAGAAGCAAUAAAGAACAUGUCAGACAAUGAUGAAGAUGACGAGAAGACAGAUGGGUCUGCUGGAGAAGAUGAAUCUGGAGAUGGAGAAUCGGAUGACGAGGAGUAAGAUUGGUAGGUAUUUCAUAUUUGAUCCUUUUUGGGGAUCAAAGAAAUGCUUAUAUAUCCCAAACACCACCAUAUAGAUUAAUUUGCAUUGCUUUUGGAGGUUUAGGUUGCAUGAACUGAAAAAUUAAUUGGAUGUUCCCCGACUUGACUGAACCAUACAAACCAUAGAAUUCCGGGCAUUUAGCUUUCGUGUAGCUAGCUCAUCAGUCUCAUUUGAUUCUGUAAAUCUAUACAAGUCCAUCCUCAUCCUGUCUGUAGACUGGAAAAACAUAUAGAUGGAGGAUGGCUGUAGUAGUAGCAGCAGUAUAUGAAAAACCAUUGUUGUUGAGCUGCAUCCCUGCAAACUGUUGGGAUGAUUCAUUCGGUAUGCCUUCCAUUACUAUUA